AUGUCUUCCAGGGCCAGCAAGAGUGCCCUGCAGCGCCUGGUGGAGCAGCUCAAGCUGCAGGUCGGCGUGGAGAGGAUCAAGGUCUCUCAGGCAGCUGCAGAGCUGCAACAGUACUGCAUGCAGAAUGCCUGGAAGGAUGCCCUGCUGGUCAGUGUUCCAGCAGGAAGUAACCCCCUCCUGGAGUCCAGAUCCUGUGCUUUACCCUGA